AUGCAAAAUUCUAGAAGACCAGGUAGCAGUGGUAGAGGACCAGGACGUCCCCCAAAGAGAGGUAGAAAAGGUGGUAAGAUGAGUGGUGUUAGUAGACCAGUGCCGCGACCUACUACUAGCUCAAAUCAAAAUGGGAAUAAUAGUAACAAUAAUAGUUUCGAUAGUGGUGAUACGAAAAGCCGAUCCGUAUCCACGCCAGCAACACCAUUACCUGAUGCAGCACCGGCAUUAUCACGACAAUUAAGGAAUAGCACAUCAUACACCCAAGUGGAUUACAAUCUGAAGAAAAGGAAAAUUAUACCGUCUGAAGAUUUUGCAGUUAGGAGUAGAAGGCAUAAAUCAAAUGGAAAUGGAAUUUUAUUACAAGAGAAUGAUAGAAACUUAGAGUUAGAUCCCAUUUCCAAUCCUGAUGAUGAUGCUAAAGAAUUAAUUGAGAGGGAUGCGAAUGGUAAAAUUGUAAAUAUAAACGAACCAAAUUCUAUUAGAGAUGCCAUUAAUGGUGCAACGGGAUUACCACUAAAUCAAGGACCUCCAGAAAAGGUGAAGAAGGAAUACAUGUGGAGUUAUAAGAAAAAUUCGUUUGUCGAUGUACAAGAUAAUCAAGAUGAAGGAUUUCCACAGUUAACAAGUAGAGAUUCAGAAUUUAAUAUCGAACAGAGUGACAUGAGGAAUAAAUUAGAACCGUGUGACGUUCAUGCAGAUGAAAGAGACGUCUUGAUUAAGGGUAAGAAUAAUGAUAAAAAGAUUACAGAUUACCACCACGGCCAUAUAAAGAUCAAAGCAACCGUUUCGGAAGAAUCAAAGAGUAAAUUGUUUGGACAAAAUAGUGUUGCAAAUUUACCAGGAAAUGGAGCACAUGGGGAAUUGGCAGGAUCCACUACCCAGGAAAUUGAAAAUGAUGAUUUUUGCUCAGCAUGCCUUCAGUCAGGUUCAUUUUUAUGUUGUGAUACUUGUCCGAAAUCGUUCCAUUUUCUAUGCUUGAAUCCGCCCGUAGACCCUGAUGAAUUACCUGACGGUGAUUGGUCAUGCCCUCAAUGUGUAUUCAAGAUGAGGUGCCCUAAUGGUUCGCAAGCUAAAAAAUACGAAAAGGAUUUUUUACAAGAACAAGUGCCGCGAAACUGUAAAUUAUUUGGUAAACUAUUGUUUCAAUUAGAAAUAACCAAUCCAAGACAGUUCAGUUUACCACAAUCUCUCAAAGAUACUUUCCAAAAUGUGAAAAGUGGACCUCACGGUGUUUAUAACGAUGGUAGAGAAAAGGAACCCCUAUCGGAAAAGCAACUUUUUGGAGCACCUUAUGGACAAUCAUUAACUAUGUUAGAUUGCUACAAUCCAGAUAUUCAUGUGGAUCAAGAUACUGGUAAAUUUCUCACUUGUUAUAAAUGUCGAACCACUAAAAUGGGGACUUGGGAUUCGCCCGAAGAUUCAAGACUCAUCAUGAGAUGCGAUUAUUGUAAAACGCCUUGGCACCUCGAUUGUAUACCUCAUGCACCUCGUGCCUCCUUAAAAAACUUGGGAACUAAGUGGAAAUGCCCCCUACAUGCUCCUGAGGUGACUAAAGGUAAUGAAAUGCGUAGAUUGUCAAAGUUCCAAAAAUUCAUUGAACCAACGCAAACAUGCGGAUUCAAAAAUAAUGGCGAAGUAGAUAUCGUAUUGGAUGAAAUUACUUCCCCUGGUUCUAAAGCAAUGAUUGAAGCCUACAAGAAAAAAGGUGACUUCCCACCAGUAGCACUUCUGAGUGAAAGAUCUGUUAAAUUGGACUUUAUGGAUAAAGUAUUUCGUGCCAAAAAAGUACAAAGGGAUAGAGAUUUGAAAUAUGAAGAACAUCUUAUAGACAAACUUUUAACGUCUUCAUCACAAUCUAAGGGUGAUAAACCCCUAGAAGAUCUCUUGUCAUUCAUUUACUUCCAAGUGGGGAAUAAUCCAUAUUUAAAGAAAUUGUGGGAUUUCAAAGGAUUAUGCAAGGUAGCACAAGAUGAACUGGCCAGGGAGAGUAUUUCUAGACAAGAGUUGAAUGAUCUCCUAAUGAUAAGAAAGCUUUUAGAAUCCAAACCGAAGGAAGAGAUAAUGAAUUUCUUUAACCUCAAGGAAUAA